AUAGCGCUAUUAUCAUUUUUACGCUUUAUUCUGCUAUUGUGCCAUAAUUUCUGCUCUGAUCAUUCUUUUGAUUGCUUUACGAUUAAGAUUGACAAAACUCGCAAGAAAAAGCAGCUUCCAGAAGAAACUUCCAGCUCAGUUAUUCUCCACCAGCAUAAAUUUACCGAGGCCCAAGAGUAUGGUGCUUUCCAGACGCAAAGCCCUGUUUCUGUGCUUGAAAGCAGCAGAUGUUCUGGUGGGAAGUGGGUGCCGAUCAAAUCUAAGCGAGUUAGAUUUCUUCCAUGGCUUUCAGCUGGCAUUGUCAUUCCAGUUCAAGCCAGAUCUAAGCGAGUUAGAUCCUCGACUGUAAACCCAUGGCUUUCAAUUUCUUCCACCUCUAAGAAGACUUCAAAUUUCAGGAAGAACAGAGACAAGAGGAAGAAAUUGUCCCAACUUACAGUUGCCAACGAAAUCAUGGACGAAGGAUCUCAGAAGGCUAAAGCUUCACCAAUGGUGUCGGAUUCUGUAGAGCUGCAAAGUACUUCCCUGCAGCGGGUUGCAGCAUCGAAGAAAUGCACACAUUGUGAAGUGACGAAGACACCGCAAUGGAGGGAGGGACCAACAGGGCCAAAGACUCUAUGCAAUGCAUGUGGAGUUCGAUAUAGGUCGGGACGCCUAUAUCCAGAAUAUCGUCCUGCAGCAAGUCCUACAUUUGUACCAUCUCUGCACUCCAACUCCCACAAGAAGGUUAUAGAGAUGAGAAACAAAGGUAAACAACACACGGCUAAGGUCGAGGAACCCCUAAUUUCCCCACAUCCCGGUUUUGUUCCCAUGGGAAGCUAUUUGUUCGAUUUUAUGUGCUGAAAUUAACGACGUUAAGUUCUAGUUAUUGGACCAGUUUAGUUCUAAAUUUUUUUCAGAAUGUUUGUUUCUUGUUCUUUUUCCUAGAAUGUUUGCUGGUAUGGUGACUUGUAGGUUAGAAUUGUGUACAAAAAUGAAAUGGAAUCUUGAUUACUAUGGAGAAGGUGGAUAUGGUUUAGGGUUUGAAUUUUUCCAUCUUCAUUAUAUUCUUUCUCAA